AUGACAGAUGAAAAAUUGCUCAUGAUUAAAAUUAAAAAAGAAAAUAAUCAUUUUUAAGAUUAUAUGAAUUAUAUAUUUCAAGUAAAGUAGUUAUUAGAUUAGAGACCCGAUUUGAAUCUUUUGUAAGUAGAAAAAAUUUAUUAAACAGGUAAAUUUUGCUAUAUUGCUACUCAUAGAUAUGAAUGUAAUCUUUUAGAAGCAUUGCAAAACAAAAGAUUUUAAUCUGUUUGUAAUGUUAUGCAGCUAUUGUUAAAAAUUGUUGAAGCUUAUCUUAAUACCUUCAGCCAAAAUAUUAUAUUUAAAUCUCACAACUGUCUAAAUUAUGAAAAUAUCCUACUUAUGAAUUCUAUAGACAGCCAAGAUAUUAAAAUUUGCUUUAGAGAUAAUUGGGAAUCUCCAGAUUUAAACAAAUGUUAUCUACAAAUAGUUGAUCAACAUAACAAUUAAUUAAAUAACUAAAAUCCAAAUUAACAACUUGCGCUACCUUAUUUUGUUGCACCCGAAAUUUAUAACUCUCAAUAAAUCGAUUUAAAUGCCUCAGAUAUGUUUAGCUUAGGCCGCUUUUUGUAUGAAUUUAGAAAUUAUAAUUAAGCAUUAAAGGAAGAUAUUUUCUUAGGUUAAUUAUUUAAUGAAAUGCAAAAUAAGUUUCCUCGUGAUAGAAUUACUUGGCAAGUAUUAAGAAAAUAGCUUCAAACUAAACUUCAGUAUGAACAAAAUAAUUAAAUUUAAUUCAAUUAAAAUCCAUUAGUAAACAAUUAAAGCUAAUAAUUCCUUUCCUAAAAUAACUUCAAUUUUAUAAACGAAAUGAAUAAUUAAUUAAUUAAUCCUCAAUAAUAAUAAACAAUCAGUUCGUAAUAAACGAUCUCAAGCAAUGCUUACCAAAAUGUAUAGACUAAUUAAUCUUAAUAGUAUAUUUAGUAUUAGACUUAUCCUAAUAAUUCUAAAUCAGGAUAAUAAAUGAUUAUUCCAUCUUAGUAAAAUAUUUUGCAAGAUAACAUGUAAAUGUAACGAACUCAAAACUAUAUCCCUUAAAUGCAAUAAAAAUAAAAUUAAGCACCUCUUAACAGCUAAAAUUUUUAUUAGUUUUAAGUGAUACAGAAUUAAGCAUAACCAUAAAGUUAAUAGGGAAUAGUAACUUAACCUUAGUAAAUAACUUAACAAGUAGCUUAAUAAAGAAUUGUUGACUAAUAUUAGUAAUAGUAAUAGCAGACAUAAUAUAAUUAACAACAAAGCAAUUUUUAAAAUAAGGUAAUAUAAAGCUAAGCAUAAAACUAGAUUAAUGUGGUGCAGUAAUAACAGAAUUAGAUUCAAAAUACCUAAAAUUUGUUGAAUUGGUAAUCUGAAUAAAAUGAAUUUUUGAAUUUGUAAAAAGUGAAAGACCAAAUCAAAUAAUAGUUGUAGCUAUAAGGGUAUGAGCAUUUAGCUGAUAGUUUUAUCAUUGGUGAAGAGGCUAUUUAGUACAGAAAUUUAUCAAUAGCUUUGAAGGAAUUAUUUUUGGAAUUUACAAAAGAUGAUAUUUACUUGCAAUAUAACCUUGAAAAUGCAAAAAUUAUAGAAUUCUUAGUUUGCGUCUUACAAUUUUCAUUUUUAAAUAUUAAAAGAAGUAAAGAGCUAGCAAAUUUAAGGAGUAUUGAAUUAAAUGUGUUAAAAAUCUUUGAUCGUAUAGCAUAAGACUUUAAAGAAAUAGAAUAUAUUAAGAAAAAGUAUAUUGAUGAUUUAAGGAAAGAUUUUCCUGAACACAUAUUUAAUGGUGACCCAGAUUAUAAAUUAUUAUUUAACACUCUUAUUUCUGAUAGCAGUAAACUUUUUGAAGAAACACUUAAAUCUAAGAUGACUGAAAAUUUUAAAUUAAUGGAAGCAGAGUUAAUUUCUUUAAAAAAUAGAAAAAUUGAAAGAUUUUAAUACAUUAAUUUGGAAUGA